UCGACGAGCGAGAAAUCCCGAAAAAGGCUUCAGUGUGUGCGUUCCUGCGUAGACGAUCUUUGCUCGGGAAAGGUACGUUUCCGAAGUGUUCCGGACAGGAGCGAAGUCUACUCGGGAUCCCACCGGCAGACAGGAAGCGGCUGCUCCGAGUCAAUCCGUCUACACACUGUCCUUCGCAAACUUCACUGGAUUUUAAAACUUCCUCCGGCGACCAACAAGUGCCUUUUAUCGCCGGACUUUCGGGAGAAUUACCGGGAAAGCGAGGCUUAAGCUUCACUGUGGAGGCAAUGCCAACAAAGGUCCUCCUCCAGUGCUAAUUAACUAGCUGGUGGACGGCAAGAGGCGUCAUGGCCGAGCUGCCCAUCGCCCCAGGCCAGGUGUACAUCGAGGUGGAGUACGACUAUGAGUACACGUCCAAGGAUCGCACUAUCUCCAUCCACCAGGGCGAAUGCUUCAUGCUAGUGGAGAAGACCAAUGAAGACUGGUGGAAAGUGCGUAGAGAGGAGGGGACUAAAGCAAUUUAUGUGCCCGCUCAAUAUGUUAGGGAGGUCCGCAAGGCCCUCAUGCCUCCUCCCAAACAGCUCCCACAUCACCCCGUUUCCACCGGCAACACCCCCCCUCAGAGCACUGUCCGGGUCAAACCAACCAACUUGGAUCUGGAUAUCCAAAACUCCUCCACAGAGAACCUGAACAUGCCAGAGGCCAUCCCUGCGUGGUCACCUUCUACUCAUUCCAAACCUGGACGCUCACCGUCUACUCAUUCCAACCCUGGACACUCACCGUCUACUCAUUCCAACCCUGGACGCUCACCGUCUACUCAUUCCAAACCUGGACGCUCACCUUCUACUCAUUCUAACCCUGGACGCUCACCUUCUACUCAUUCUAACCCUGGACGCUCACCUUCUACUCAUUCCAAACCUGGACGCUCACCUUCUACUCAUUCUGCCUCGUUCAUGCCAUCCACCCCACCCAUCCAGCGGCGGGACAGUAACCACCACCAGCAAGCCCCAAGCACCCCCACAGCGCCCGAACGAGCCCUAGCGGGAAUCCUUGUCCUGCCUGGUGGCCAUCCACUUAUCCAGGGUGGUAACACUCCACCCCGCACCCGCGCCAGAUCUCCAGACCUGGUCCGAGCCCCGCUGGACGUGGACAGCCCUCACUGCGACUCGGCGGGAGAGGAACGUCGUACCAAUGACUCGGAGUCUGGAGAAGAACUCAGCAGCAGUUCUACUGAACAACUGCAGGCGAUUUCUUCGUCGGGCCGCAGCCGUCCCGAGUCGCCUGUCUACAGUAACCUGCAGGAGCUGAAGAUCACCCAGUCCACUAUGCCCCCGCUGCCCUCUGGCUCCCCCCUACAGGUGCUGGGUGACUGGGAGAUGUACAGAGACCAGAACGGCAGACACUUUUACUACAACCGCUACACCCAGGAGAGGACCUGGAAGCCCCCCCGGGCCAGGGACGCCGGCAUGGGGAGCUCACGAGGAGAGAACACCAGCACGGGGGAGAGCACUGAGAGCACUCCUCUGUCGCUAUCGCCAUCUUUCUUUCCCUACCUGUCACUCUCCAUCGGCCGCCUGGAGCCUCUGUCGUCAGAAGACACCUGCUUCAGCGCCUACUCUAGCCAGUCAGACAGUCAGUAUGGCUCCCCGCCCCGCGGUUGGUCGGAGGAGAUGGAUGGGUACGGCCACACGCUGUACGUAAGCGACUAUACUAAUGAGAAGUGGUUAAAGCACGUUGAUGACCAAGGUCGCCCGUAUUACUACAACGCAGACGGCUCCAGGUCGGAGUGGGAGCUCCCGAAGUACAACCAUUCCCCGUUACAGCCAUUAGGAGAUGCCCCAAAGACCCGCAGUCUAGACAGAAGACCAGUCGAGCCCAUCGUCUUGACCAACUGGAGACACAGCACCUACGUCCAAGAACCCAACGACAAGGACACACCUCUGAGCCCCAAGUCCCCUUCAUCCGACUCAGACUCCAGCUCUUCUUCUCCUAAGCGCCCAAACUCUCCCUCAGAGAAAUGCGGCGUGCUGAACAUGACAAAGAUUACAGAGAACGGCAAGAAAGUUCGUAAGAACUGGACUUCCUCUUGGACGGUUCUGCAAGGCUCCACCUUGCUCUUUGCCAAAGGCCAGGGAGGCGGGACAAGCUGGUUUGGUGGUGGUCAGUCCAAACCAGAGUUGACAGUGGACCUGAAGGGCAGCUCUGUGGAAUGGGCCUCUAGGGACAAGUCCAGCAAGAAACACGUUAUCGAGCUGAAGACCCGUCAAGGCACGGAGCUGCUGAUCCAUUCUGAAAAUGACGUCAUUGUCAACGAGUGGUACCGAGCGCUGCAGGACACCGUCAGCAGCCCUGCGUGUGAGUCUGAUGAAGCCAUAGAAGAAGACAUGCCCGAGUCACCUGGUGCAGAGAAGCAUGACAGAGAAAAAGAGAACAGAGACACCAUGAAAACCAGAGCCAUGAAGACGUCAGCCAGCGUCGAUGGCGCCGACAACAAGAAGACCAAACACAAGCUGAAGAAGUUUCUGACCCGCAGACCCACACUGCAGGCUGUAAGAGACAAAGGCUACAUUAAAGAUCAGGUGUUUGGCUGCAGCCUGCUCAGUCUGUGCCAGAGGGAGAACAGCACGGUUCCGACUUUUGUCAGGCUGUGCAUCGACAAUGUAGAGAACGAAAGCCUGUGCGUGGACGGCCUCUACAGAGUCAGCGGAAACCUGGCGCUGAUACAGAAGCUGCGCUAUGCUGUCAAUCACGAUGAGAAGGUGAACCUGGACGACAGCAAGUGGGAGGACAUCCACGUGACCACUGGAGCUUUAAAGAUGUUCUUCAGAGAGCUUCCUGAGCCACUCUUCACUUACAGCCUCUUCCACGACUUUGUCAGCUCCAUCAAGCUGCCAGACUACAAGCAAAGGGUCCAUGCUAUCAAAGAACUGGUCCGACAGCUCCCCGAGCCUAACCACGACACCAUGCAGGCCCUCUUCAAACAUUUGAGAAAGGUGAUCAACCACGGCGAGGAGAACCGCAUGACCAACCAGAGCAUCGCUAUCGUGUUUGGACCCACACUGCUGCGGCCCGAGACGGAGACCUGGAACAUAGCGGUCCACAUGGUCUACCAGAACCAGAUAGUAGAGCUAAUUCUCCUGGAGUACGAGAAAAUAUUUGGCAAGUAGACGGCCUGGGCUCUUUCUCCUCUGAAGCGACCCGUGGUCACCCGGGUCACCCGAGCCUCGCUCCUUUAGAACAUCUCGAGAACCAAAACCUAGCCGUGACGAAAAGGAUUAUUUGCACUGUUUUGGUGUCUUCCUGUCCCAACACUGGAUUCUUAAAGGACCAAAAACCUGCUGAGACCAACAGAAAAGUUCUGCACGUUCAUGAGGGUGUCACUUGCUACUUGGCUUUAAACUUUACCAAGAAGGGACUUGUUUAUUUAACUGUCAUCAUGUGUCUUUAUUUUAUUGUUAAAUCCCACACUACCGGAUUAUUAUGGGAUGCCUGCAACACUCCUCCAUUUUACCGAAAAGGUUUUGAGUGUUUGAGUGUUCUUUUCUGAGUUAUUUGUACAGUUUAUGUGUGUGUGUGAUGGAGCUGAGUGGCUUCCAAAGUGAUACUGUACAGAGAUUAAAUAAGAGUACAUAACAGUUUUAAUGUUAAUAAUAAUAGUAGGACAAGAGAGAUCCUUACGCUCGGCCGUCAACGUUUUAGCUGUCAGGUCAACAUAUGAUUGCGUCGUCAUUAUUAAUUGCACACCACAAUGUGCUGCUGGCUUCAUCAAACUGGAUUAAAAACAUCUAAUGACUCAUUUUAA